AUGUCUAUUUCAAACAUUUUCAACAUGGAAUUAUCUCUACAGUUUAUUUUGCUGUUGGUUUUCCUGUCAUAUCCAUUGGGAAGUGCAAGUCUGCAGGAGUAUCGAUUGGAUGACAGAGAAAAAUCCUGUCCAGAUGAUUACUACUUCAAUGAAACAAUCAAAACUUGCGUUUCUACAGACAUCACUAACUGCACCAAUUACGUAAUCAGCAAGUGUCCGAUAACUACAGCUGUGGAUGAGUAUUGCCUUUGCAAGAAUAACUAUCUACAGAUAAUGAAAUGUCCCGAAGCAACCUACUUCGAUGCCAAUAGCUUGAUUUGCAGAAUUGGAACUGUAGAGUGCCAGGAGGAAUAUGAGCCAUUUCCAUGUCCCAAUGUAACUUCAACCGAUGUCUUUUGCCUCUGCAUAGAUGGUAAAUUCCGUCAAAAUAGUUGCCCAAAUGGAUAUACCUUCAAUGCCGAGCACAAACUUUGCUUGAAGUCUGGUUCUGGUGACCUAUCCGAUUUGGAGCCCUCUUCUGAAAAGUGUCAGAGAUAUGGUUUAUUUGGAGACCCCACUGAUUGUUCUGGAUAUUAUCAUUGCCGCGCUAAAGGCAGCGACAUUCAGUAUUCCAGAUGCUUGGGAGGAACCAUCUUUAGUCUUACUUCCUUUGGAUGCGUUUCUGGAACUUGUUAA